GGUGCAUGGUGACCUUACAGAGUGUGCAUUACCUCACAGGUAAAUAUCAGCUGAUCCUCUGUGACAGCAGCAACAGCAAGAGCAGCAGGAGCAGGAGAAGCGAGCAACCCACAGAGCUUUUCUGGAGAAUGAUUGAAGACUGUGGGAAAAGAGGAACCACCAUGGCAGAAAGGAGACAGCUGUUUGCAGAAAUGCGGGCUCAAGAUCUGGAUCGCAUCCGUUUAUCCACCUACAGAACAGCAUGCAAGCUUAGAUUUGUACAGAAGAAAUGCAGCUUGCACUUAGUGGAUAUUUGGAAUGUAAUAGAAGCAUUGCGGGAAAAUUCAUUGAACAACCUGGAUCCGAACAUAGAACUGAAUGUGGCUCGGAUUGAAGCUGUCCUGUCCACAGUUUUUUACCAACUGAACAAACGCAUGCCAACUACCCACCAGAUCAACGUAGAGCAAUCCAUCAGCUUACUACUCAACUUCCUGCUGGCAGCUUUUGAUCCAGAAGGACAUGGAAAAAUGUCUGUCUUUGCUAUCAAAAUGGCCUUGGCAACGCUUUGUGGGGGAAAGAUCAUGGACAAAUUGAGAUAUAUUUUCUCAAUGAUUUCAGACACCAGUGGUGUAAUGGUUUAUGGUAAAUAUGACAUGUUUCUGCGAGAAGUCCUUAAACUACCCACGGCGGUCUUUGAAGGUCCUUCUUUUGGAUACACAGAGCAGUCAGCAAAAUCCUGUUUUUCUCAACAGAAAAAAGUCACACUGAAUGCUUUUUUGGACACUCUCAUGUCUGAUCCUCCACCGCAAUGCCUGGUCUGGUUACCACUUCUGCAUCGAUUGGCAAAUGUUGAGAAUGUCUUCCACCCUGUUGAGUGUUCCUACUGCCAUAGCGAGAGCAUGAUGGGAUUUCGCUAUCGAUGCCAGCAGUGUCACAAUUACCAGCUCUGUCAAGAUUGCUUCUGGAGGGGACAUGCCAGUGGUUCCCAUAGCAACCAGCACCAAAUGAAAGAAUACACGUCAUGGAAAUCACCUGCUAAGAAGCUAACUAAUGCACUUAGCAAGUCUUUAAGCUGUGCUUCCAGCCGUGAACCUUUGCACCCAAUGUUCCCUGACCAGCCUGAAAAACCACUAAACUUGGCUCAUAUUGUGCCUCCCAGACCAGUCACCAGCAUGAAUGACACAUUGUUCUCCCACUCUGUUCCCUCAGGAAGCCCUUUCACAAACAGAAGCUCUCCUUACAAGGAUAAUGAAGUAGAGCAGAACAAAUUGCUGGCUAGGGCUGCUCCAGCUUUUUUGAAAGGCAAAGGGUUACAGUAUAGCCUCGAUGUUGCAGACAGGCUGGCUGAUGAACAUGUUCUCAUUGGGUUGUAUGUCAACAUGCUCCAGAACAACCCCUCACGUUUGCUUGACAGCCCAAACCGUCUAGAUGAAGAGCACAGACUGAUCGCAAGGUAUGCAGCAAGACUGGCAGCCGAGACUACUUCAUCACAACUGCAACAGCAACCACAACAGAGAGGUGCUCCAGAUAUCUCAUUCUCUAUUGAUGCUAAUAAGCAACAAAGGCAGCUUAUUGCAGAACUUGAAAAUAAGAACAGAGAAAUCUUACAAGAGAUUCACAGGCUGCGACUUGAACAUGAGCAGGCGUCUCAACCCACUCCGGAGAAGGCAGCGCAGAAUCCUACUCUCCUGGCAGAACUUCGGCUCCUGAGGCAGAGGAAGGAUGAGCUUGAACAGAGGAUGUCGGCUCUUCAGGAAAGCCGGAGAGAACUCAUGGUUCAGUUAGAAGGCCUCAUGAAACUGCUAAAGGAAGAAGAAUUGAAGCAGGGAACCCAAGGGGCAGGCUCCCCACGCUCUUCUCCCAGCCACACUAUCAGCCGGCCUAUUCCUAUGCCCAUCAGAUCUGCAUCUGCCUGCUCGACUCCAGCCCACACACCUCAGGACUCUCUGACAGGCGUGGGAGGAGAUGUGCAGGAAGCCUUUGCGCAAGGUUCAAGAAGAAAUUUAAGGAAUGACUUGCUGGUAGCAGCAGAUUCAAUCACCAACACUAUGUCUUCUCUGGUGAAAGAACUGAACUCAGAAGUUGGAAGUGAGACAGAGAGUAAUGUGGAUUCUGAGUUUGGUCGGACUCAUUUUGAUGACCUUGUUCCAUCGCCAACUUCUGAAAAGGCUUUCCUUGCACAGAUUCAUGCCCGGAAGCCAGGAUACCUUCACAGUGCAGCUGCUUCUGGCACCAUCCGCAGUGAUAUAAGAUGGAGACCCUUACGUUAGAGCAGAUGAUGAGAACUAUGAAAAUGACUCUGUUCGCCAGCUAGAGCAUGAGCUCAAGAUGGAGGAAUAUUUGAAACAAAAGCUGCAGGAUGAAGCUUAUCAGGUAAAAAUAAAAUGAGAGCUCAGGAAAGUAUCUAGGUAAAAUUAGAAUCCACAAAUGACACUGUGCUGGAUUCUAUUUCAGCUGGAUCUCAAAUGUGUUCUCUGUAGAGCUGAGGUGUCAGAUUCCAACUAGUAUUAUAGUCAUUCAUGUUUCUAUGUGUGAGUAAUCAGGAAGUGCUGUAGGUAUUGAACUGAACAAGGCUGACAUUAACCUCAACAGGCUGUUAGUUGAUGCAUCACAAAUGCUAAUAGCAUUCUCUGUCAACAAUGUGCUUUGCCAACUGUUUUUACUGAUUUGCAAUACAGUAGACUGGUGCUUGGCUCACGUGUGCAUGUUUGGCACUUAUUAGCUGAAGAAUAGAGUGAAGAUUUGCAUGUGUAAAUGAGCCAUCACUGAUUUAAUCUCUGAAGGUUGCCCUUCCAUGUUAUCCAUCACCAGCUCAAAGAAUGUGCUCAACGGAGCAACGCAAUCAAGUUUUGAGUAAUGAAGUAAUGAGAAACGAAGUGAUGAUAUGCAUAUGGGAAACCAGCGCUAUAUGUUAUUUCAUUCAAAGAAAGUUAGGCUGUGGCCCUUCUGCAUUAAGGGAUUAUUAUCAUAAAAGUGAAUCUCAAGUGUCGUCAUGCAUACAUACAUACAUACAUACAUACAUACAUACAUACAAACAAAUGAAAAAAGGAUCAGCAGACAGUCCAGUCCUGGGGUCUAGGUAAACAUAUGUUCAAGUUACCAAAACAUCUAAGUAGCAGGUGUAUAUUCCUUGCAUAUCACUUCUCAUAGAAUAUAUCUCAUAGAAUCACAGAGUUGGAAGGGACCCUGAGGACCACCUAGUCCUACCCCUUGCACUGCUGGAAUAUGCAGCUGUCCUUUAAGGGAAUCAAACCUGCAACCUUGGCGUUGUUGGCACUAUGUUCUAACCAACUGACUGAUCCAACCUGUAAAAUGAUUGCCACUAUGCCAAAGCGGAGCUAGUUGGAAUCCUGUGCCCCUCCCAGCACUGUAAAAAAAUGCAGCCAUAGCAGUACGAAAGAGGCACUGUUGCCAUGGCCACUCCCCCACAGGGAAGAUGCCCUAUAUCAGUGGUAGAGCACUUGGUUUGCAUGCAGACAGUCCCAAGUUCAAUCCCUGGCAUAUCCAGGUACCGGUCAGUCCAAUGAUAAUAUUGAUCUCAAUGGACCAAUGGCCUGACUUUGUGUAAGGCUGCUGCUUAUGUUUCCUAUUUUCCCCUAGCAACUCUGUUGCUACCUACUAAUUAUAACAUCGCUCCCGACAUGGCUGUAACUAUGCAUCACAUAAAGCAAUUGCCAUGGAAUGAUAGCACAAAAACUGUGAUAGCAUCGCAUUAUGAGCACAUUGUCAGGAACAGGCCAUGCUGCAUCUUCCUGUGCAGCUGAUGCCAUAUCCCAGGGAUUACAAUGAAAGCAACCCAUCCUUGCCCUGACUCCUGGCAUAAGAUAUUUCAUAGAAAUCCUCUUGUUACCCACCAGGCAUAAUUCAAGGAAAGGAUGGUAUCAUAGGCUGCAGUCCUUGGCAUAGUUAGAUCCCUUGAAGAUAGUGUUCCAGGCACAUGUGAAACUAUGAAACUAAUGAAGCUUAAGAUUCAGGGCCCCUAAUCCCAGAGGGACCCCAGAAGAAGAAACUUUAGUUUGCAUUGUUUAAAAAUUGUGGGUCUAGUAGACUCAAUUUGAUUAAUUUUUUGUUGUACAUAUUUCAACAAUCCCAACGUUUGAGAGUCAGUAACAUGGAUGCUGUAAAGGUAUGGUGAUCUGUUGUGGAACAACCCCAUUGAAGAAGAUGACAGUACAGUGGUACAUCCGGUUACAGACACUUCAGGUUACAGACUCCGCUAACCCAGAAAUAGUACCUCGGGUUAAGAAUUUUUCUUCAGGAUGAGAACAGAAAUCGUGUGGCAGCGGGGUGGUGACAGUGGGAGGCCCCAUUAGCUAAAAUGGUACCUCAGGUUAAGAACAGCUUCAGGUUAAGACCAGACCUCCAGAACGAAUUAAGUUCUUAACCCGAGGUACCACUGUAGUUACCUAGACCUCAAUGCUGGUUGCAAAGGGCCACUCAUAACAGUUCAAGCUUCAGGGCCCAAAAAAGUUUAUGCUCACCACUGUAAUAUGUGCAUAGAAGAUUACUUUAUAAAUGAACAGUUGACUGGUUUGAACUUACAUGAACCUUGCCUGUCAAAGAAAUCACAUUCCUUUUAUACUACAAGGCACUGAACUAUAGAAGGUCUAGGGACAAGAAUUAGAAGAGAGUAUUCCUUUCCUCUCUGCUCUGGUGCUUGUAGUAAAUGACCUUUGUAUUCAUAAGAACAGCAGCCUUCUUACAGGAUCACCUGGCAUGCAAACCUCCUUCCUUAUAAAUGUGUAGUGUUACUGCUUGUGAACACUCGCUCACCUUUCUUGUCCACUGCUGUCUCCAGAAUGCUACACUGGUUUGGCUGCUCACAUCUUCAGUUUUCACUCUCUUUUUAU